AUUUGAUCUUGGGGCUUGCAAACUUUUGCAUACCUAAACUUUUCCACUUCCCUCUCUCUCAAAAAAAAAACAUCUCUUCACCUACUCCUUCUCACCCACAUCCUCUCAACCUUUCCCCUCGUACGCUACCCACAUCGCUCUUUUCUCUGCUUUGCCUGUGAAAAGCAACCCCAGAGCUCAUUCUUUUUGAUCCCUACAAUCUUCAUCAAGCUUGGUUUCAUAUCAGCAAAUUCUUCAGUUGUGGCAGUAUCUCCAAGGUUCCUUGGCGGUUUCCGAUAAUAGUACCCGCCAUCGCGAGCCUGCAACACUCGAUACUCGUCACUGACCUAGGCCCGCUGAUUCUUCGAAGCAAGCCAUCCAUCGCUGGAGACUCCUUUACAAGUUUGUUGAAGAUAAACUGUUGUGUUCGUCAACAGUAACCCACCACUCGCCUCAAUUUCUGCAAAGGCCCCUCGACUGGCCUGAAGAUUUACUCUACCGUAAUCCGACCCUAUUCACUGCUCCAUACCCCUUGAAGCUAACCGUCAGUCCUUACUCGGACAGUUAUUAAGUAUAUGUGAAGUCGUUACGCAUUAUAUUUUUGUUCACCAUGUCUUCCGCCAAUGCCUCGUCUGCCGUCGCAGACGAAGCUUACAUUCUGAACAUACCCCUCGAUGUCCUUCUCAAGAUCAUGGAGCAAAUGGCACCCACUGAUCUUUCGAACUUUGCUCUCUCAUGCAAGACAAUCUAUGCGACUUUUGAGAAACACAAGCACGUUCUCAUGGUAAACGUUCUCCGAGGUUUGCCCGAGUUCGACACUAUGCUCUAUCUCUUCACUGCUCAUCAGGAGGAACUACAUCCUGAUCGUAUGCUCCGCCCGCGUAUCAUUGAUUACGAGGCUGGAUCAGGUAUGGUGAACUUGAUGCACGCGGACGUCGAUCCGAACUCAACUGUUGUUCCGUGCUCUACCACCGGGGCUCGUUACCUCAUGCCCGGCGAAGUUCCGAAGUUCACUUUCAAGCUCCCAGAUGUCAUGGCAUUGUGGAACAUGGCGAGAGUGAUUGACUGGUGGGUCGAGCUGUACCCUCGACUCCGCUGGCGAGAGGCUCAUCUGAACCGCCGUUGCUUGCGAGGUAGCGAGGAAGUCCGACUGAGAAAGGCAGUUGCGCAUUGGUGGCUGUAUGCCCAUUACCACCAUGGAUUCACGUACAACUAUCGCAAUUACCAGCAGCCCAAGCGAUGGUCGGACGACACGAGACUUCAGCAGAUUCGAACCAUGUCUACUGAUGAGAUCUGCGAGUUGAGAGACUUUUGGGAUGUGGUAAAAUCCACAGUGAGCAUGGAUCUCUGCUCGUCUCCCGAACGUGUUUGUGUGUGUAAGGGUACCAAUGGAGUGGAACUUGUCCCUUGGGGAGAGCAUGAACCUCGACACCAGAAGAUUGUCGACACCUACUCGAAGUUGGGUCCGGAGCAACUCAAGUACUACCUGAUCUACUAUUCGAACUGGAAGAGGGCUGAAACCGCCAGCACAAUAUCUCGUUGUUCGCGUGAGUUCAAUCGUGACACCGAGACCUUGUCCGUGUCCAUCCAGAAGGUGAUCGGUGAGCGUACCGCCAUCUACGGAAUCGACGACCUGCGAGACACGCCAGAUUUCGGAAUUCUGGAUGGGUCCGGAAUGGAUCCUCUACGCGCUUACCUCUGGAAGGAUGACGCCUGGUCAAACGGAAAGGUGCCUCUAACCCAAAUCCAGAUCGAUGCUUUUCCACGCGACCCGUCUGCAUUAGUCGCACGAGGAGACGACGGCACCGACGCGUGCUGUCCGUACUAGUAUCGCGGUAAGCCUCAUCGUUGCGUGCGGUGUCACAAGAAGGUCAUCAUGUCUCGAGGUGCGCGUGUCCCUUGUCGGAUCUAUCAUCCGAGCUCUCCCUUCGCUCGUUCUUAAGUCACCAUCAGACACCAGCUAUCGAACUAUUCGACGAAUAGGUUCGAACUAGUAGUGGUGUAAGAGCUCAUUGG